AAAUUAGGGGUUUUGGCAGUUUCACAGAUUUUUCAAUACCCAAAAAGAACACAUUUUGAUGAGUAAAACACCCACUUACAGCAAUGAUUCCCUCUUUGUAAUUUAUUCAAAUCAUUUCCUUUCUUGGGUCAAUGGAAAAAAAUGAGAUCUUUAAUUGAAAAAUCAUUGUUUUGUGCAGUUUUUUUUUGGUUGGAAGAAUUGUUUGGGACUAAAGAAAAUAGAAUAGAAAAAUGGAACCUUCGUUUUCUGUUCUGAUGGCUCUGUUCCUGGACUUAGCUUCUAAAACAACCACUUUUGCUGUAUCAUCCUUACUGUUUUCAUUAUUUUUAUCAUUAACUUCUGCACACCUACAUCACAUAUUUCUUAGCGUUUGAAUUUCCACUUUUGUUCAGCUCUGCACUGUUCAUCAAUCAAAGCAACAUUCCCUUCGUUAAUUCCCAUGCUUGGAAUACCAUCCAUUUUAACGAUGUUGCGCUCUCUUCACAUUCCAAAAACGUCUCCAAAAUGAAAUGCAUUUGGGGCAGGGUCCGUUAUGGCUUCUCUCCAGUUAAAAAGGGUAAGAACUGCAUGUCAGAUUAUGUUAAAUUAAAUGGAUGCAAAACAAUUGUUUGGUUAUUGAAGGAUAAGGAGUAGAUGCUGCAGUAAUAAAAUGCUAUGAUAGAUCCAUUGGCUGCAUGGGACGCUUAUUUCACCUUUUUGACUUCAAUCAAGGCAGCAUGGCCAGAAAAAUACGUAAACAUAGGAAACAUGAUGAUGGGUUGGAAGCUCCUAGAAAUAGCUUAGAGCUGCAAGUAGGAACUUCUCAGAGUUACAAUGAUGUUGGAGAUAUGUUGGUGGAAGAAGACUGGUCGAGAAAGAACUAUUAUCCAAGUGAGGCUUCAGUGAAGAAAUUGAGCAAUGAGGAUAUAUCCCAACAAACUAAAACAAGGCAAAAUGCACCAAGCAUUGUGGCCCGAUUGAUGGGGAUGGAUGCGUUGCCAGCAGAUACAAAAUCUGCAGUUCAAGUUCAACCUGUUGAGGAAAAGAUUAAUAAAUUGGGUGUCAAGCACUCUGGAAGAAAUGGAAGAAACUCUGUUGCUCAGUUGUCCUCUAAUUCAAGCAAUUCCAGGCAGAUGGAUCUUGACUUAAUCUAUGGUAGUGAAGACAGAAAUGCUGGUAGAUUGAGCAUUGGCCAGAACUUUGGAAGGCCAAAGCCUCGUGAACAUCCUCAAGAAGAGGAACUGCAGAAGUUCAAGAAAGAAUUUGAGGCGUGGCAAGCUGCCAGGUGUAGGGAAUGUUCCAAUAUUGUUGAACAUGGUAGCAUUGAGAGACAGGGACUUCCUGAAGAGAAACACAACAAGAAAAAGAUGGCCACUUUUGCAAGUGCAGUGGAAAAAAUAAGAGACAAGCCCAUAGAACCAGCUGCUGUUAUCUUAAAAGCAAGUUCAGAUGAAAAAAGUGGUCUACAUCAGAACAGACAUAAGAUCAGGUACAUCCCAGAUAAGCAGAAGGAAUGGUUUUCCUCAAGAAGCAGAAGCAUGAGUGCUGACUUUGAGCAGUUUUCCAUGAUAGAUUAUGGCAGAAAACUGGAUACUGCUCCCAGAAGGAUAGUAAUAUUGAAGCCUGGUCCUGAUAGGUUUGGUGAUGACGAAGAGUCUUUGACCAGUUCCUUAGGUACUUUAGAAGAAAGGGGCAAUAUAGAAAAUUUUCUUGAGGAGGUAAAGGAGCGGCUGAAACUGGAACUGCAAGGAAAAACUCCUAAAAGAAGUUCUGUGGUCAGAGGAAGUGGGAUUGAGACCCCUUUUAGUGAAAAGCCAUCAGAUCCAAAACAAAUUGCUAGGCAUAUAGCCAAACAGGCCAGGGAAAAUGUUGGUAGGGAUAUUGGAACAGAGUUGCUUCGUUCAGAAUCAACAAGAUCAUACAGAAGUGAAAUUCAGUACAAUGGACCAGGUUCUCCAGAGUACAUCAACAGAGAUACAAGGAAAUUCUUAUCAGAGAGACUAAGGAAUGUUUUGAACCCAGAAACACAUCUGGAUGCACCCAUAUAUGCCAGGGGCAGCUCUGGAUCAUUUAUGUUUGGUAACAGCAGUAAUGGACUGAAACAAAUGCAAGAGACAGUGCAGUCUAGGAAUGAGCAGAGCUGCUGGGAAAUUGUGAGAGAUGAGAAAGAAAUGCAAACCAGAUCUUUCGGGCAUGGAGAUGAUGAUGGAGUGCUCCACAGGAAAGUGUCACCUAGAAAUCUCAUCAGGUCCUUGUCAGCCCCUGUAUCAGGAACAUCAUUUGGAAAGCUUCUUUUAGAGGACCGCCAUGUUAUCACUGGUGCUCAAAUCAGGAGGAAACAUGAAGGCAUUAAUAAUGUGUCUGUAGAUGUUAGGAAAAGGAAGAAAGAAAGGUUUAACUUUAAAGAAAAAGUUUCAAAUAUCAGGUAUAGUUUCGCUCUUCGACGGAGACUGUUUGGGAAGAAGAUUCAAUCAAUGGUGGAAUCACAAAAUGCUGAUGACAACCUUGUGAAAGAUAUCAUGAGUGGGCCAACUGUUCUUAUGAACUUUAGCGAGAGACUUGAGAACUCCACUGAGGUGCCCCCCAGCCCUGCAUCUGUUUGCAGCAGCACUCAAGAAGAAUUAUGGAGGCAAGUGGAUCAUCUCAGCCCAAUAUCAACACCAGAUGCAACUGGAGGAGAAGAAAAUGACAUUCCACAGGUUUUCAAAGAGAUCAAUUCCAACUUGAAUGAGCUGCGAAGGCAACUGCAUGAACUUGUGUCUGAUAGCACUGGGGAGAGAACAUUCGAAGAGGAGCCUACUGAAUCUGAGAUAAUUGAUAUUGAGGACCAGGCAGAGGCCUACAUAAGAGAUCUGCUUGUUGCUUCUGGUUUGUAUGAUGGAACAUAUGACAAAUCCAUGUCUAGAUGGGACCCACUUGCAAGGCCUAUCAGCAAUACUGUCUUUGAACAAGUGGAAAAAUCUUAUAGAAAACUACCAAAGGAAAAUGAGAGUACUGCAAAUGAUCACAAUGAGAAGAAAGCAGAUCACAAAGUGUUGCUUGAUUUGUUGAAUGAGGCACUUUCAAGGAUACUUGGACCACCUGUUACCAUGUCUAAAUUCAGGAGAAAGCUAAUUAGUUCCUACACAUUGCCACCUCCACACAGAAUGAAGUUGCUGGAUUCUGUGUGGAAGAUUAUCCGUGUCUAUUUAUACCCACCAACUGAUAGGUCCUAUUACUCCCUUGAUGGCAUGGUGGCCCAGGAUUUGGGAUCCACCCCUUGGUUUGGCUUGAUGGAUGAUGAAACUAAUGUUUUGGGAAUGGAGGUGGCACGUCACAUUCUUGAAGAUCUUGUUGGGGAAACAGUGAAGGAUAUGCAUCGAUAACACAAAUAAUAAGGUUUGCAGCAUUCUGGUUCAUCAUUCUUGUUGCUCAGGAGGUUAGAUAUAAGUAGGGAGACACAGUGGAAGCGGCUAUUAAAGGUAACGUAAAUAUGGAGGUAAAGUAUUUGUAUGUGAUUUACAUGAUGAAAUCCUGAACCUGGGAUUGCCAUGUGUGCUUGAUACAAAUUAAUGCUGAUUGUGGAUUGCAUAUCUAUGUACAUAUUUUGUUGGUGGGGAUAUGUCAUAUAGAAGUUUAUGGCAGGUGUACAUUCUACACAUAAUUUUGCUUGUAUAAUGAGGAUCUUUAAGGCAUCUCUUUUUCCCUGUAUAAUGAGGAUCUUUAAGGCAUCUCUUUUUCCCUUGGCCUACAUUUGGAUGUAAUUUGUUCUGUGCAGUAUUUGCAGCCCUUUCUAUUCCAUAUUUUCUGUUCUAGAAAAUUCAGGGAACUGAGUCUAGGAAAAGAAAGCAUCUUUGUCUAC